GUUUGGAUUUGCGGUUAAAAGUGAAGUAACUCUGUAAAAACCGUUUCAUUUUAAUUGAAAAAUUCACGAACAAAAUGGAGAAUAUAUUAGUUCUAAAAGACAACAAGACGGUUCCGGAUAUAGUUCACGAAUAUAGUCCUACGCUAAAGUUUGGACACAUACCUUUGGUGAUAGAUAAUGGAUCGUACCAAUGUAGAGUUGGCUGGUCAAUUUAUGACGAGCCUAACCUUAUUUUCAAGAACUUGAUAGCCAGGCCUAGAAAAGACCGAUGUAAAAAAGAUGCAGAGCCGCCAGCCACACCACCAAUUCAGAUUGGUAACGAUAUCAUCAAUAUUGAAGCAGUAAGGUUUCAACUAAAGACACAAUUUGAUAAGAAUGUGGUGACACAUUUUGAGGCACAGGAGCAAGUGUUUGACUACAUCUUCUCACAUCUGGGAAUAGACAGCGAGGGCAGUGUGCCGCACCCUAUUGCUAUGACUGAAGCCUUUGUUACUCCUAAUUAUUGUCGGCAGUUAAUGUCAGAGCUACUAUUUGAAGGCUAUGGUGUGCCAGGAGUGAGCUAUGGAAUUGAUUCCUUGUUCAGUAUGUACAGGAACAAUAUCGGAGACACAGCACUCAUUGUCAACUGUGGCUACCAUACAAUACAUAUCAUACCUGUCAUCAGGGGGCAAGUUAUUGUGGAUCAUGCUAGGAGAAUUAAUUUGGGAGGCAGUGAAAUGAUAUACUACUUACACAAGCUGCUACAACUAAAGUAUCCAGUUCAUGUGAAUGCCAUAACCAUGUCUAGAGUUGAGGAAAUACUGCAGGAACACUGCUCUAUAGCACUGGAUUACCAAGAGGAGAUCAGGAAAUGGGCCAAUCCUGAUUACUAUGAAGCUAAUGUCAAGAGAGUUCAACUGCCUUAUGUGCAGGCUGCCAGCUCUUCUGGAUUGACAGCUGAGCAACAAAAAGAGAGAAAGAAAGAGAUGGCGAGACGGCUGCUCGAAAUAAAUGCAAGAAAACGAGAAGAGAGACUAGCUGAGGAUGAAGAACAGUUGAACCAGCUUCUUGCUAUAAAGGACAUGAUAGAAGAUGGUGAUACUGAUGAAUUCAAUGAAGCAAUAAAAGGAUUUGACAUCAAAAGCUAUGAAGAUCUCCAGAGACAAAUAUCGAACAUAAACGCGCGCAUAGAGAAAAACAAACAACGUAUAGCAGCCGCUGCUACUGCUGAAGAGAAUUUGGAGACGCGUCCCACUGGACGAAUGAACCCUCCCACGGAACCAGAAGCGUUUCAAGCAUGGCUCAGUGAAACACGGAAUAAGUACCGCGAGCUGGUGGGUCGGCGCGAGGCCCGGCGGGCGCGUCGCGCGGCGAUGGUGAAGCGUCGCACGGCGGCGGCGGCCGAGCGCAUGCGCGUCAUCUCGCGCCUCGCCGCCGCCGGGGACGACUUCGGCAACCAGGACUCCGACUGGGAUGCUUAUAAAAGUAUCAGCCGUGAAGCAGAUUCCGACUCAGAAGCGGACGGCGAGCGUCUGCUAGAGUUGGAGGAAGCUCUUCGUGAAUACGAGCCCCCGCCAGCUAACUCCAGUCAGCACCAUCAACUGCAUCUGGCUAUAGAACCAUUGAGGGCUCCAGAACUGAUGUUCCAGCCUUCCAUGAUGGGCAACUUAGAGGCCGGCUUAGCCGAGACAAUGGAAUACAUGUUCAAACACUUCAGCCCUGAGGACCAGCUGUUGUUAGCCAACAAUGUGUUCUUGACAGGGGGCUGCUCACAAUUCCCAGGUUUAAAAGAGAGGCUCGAAAGAGAACUGUUAGAGAUGCGACCAUUCCAAUCCACUCACAAAGUUGUAAUGGCCCAAAACCCUAGUCUUGAUGCCUGGUACGGAGCCCGGGACUUCGCGGGAAGCAAUGAGUUCGAAACCUGGUGCAUUUCCAAAGAAGAAUACUAUGAAAUGGGCGCGGAAUACUUGAAGGAACAUUAUGCCAGUAAUAAGUAUUACAUGAGCCCAGCACCUAUCGUGGAUAAUACGCUCGCCCCGUCCAUCGAUUCUAACGUUGUGAAGGAAGAAAUAGUAGUGGAUUGUUGAAUGUGAAAGGUUUGCAUUAUUAAAGUAUCUUUUAAACUAUUAAAAAUAUGUUGUUUAUAUCCAGCUUAUACUU